UUUAAUACAGCGUGACACCCGGCCAACACCAAUCAUCAAAUGUCGCAUGGGCAGUGGGAAACAUGCAAGGGGUGUGUCACCGGCACCCGAUCAUCGGACUGAGGCACGUUUACGUAUCGACCCGAAGGUAUUGGUCUUUGUGGAAACUACCUAUUCAGGAUUGGGUCGUGAUAUAGCGGAAUUGUUGGUUUAUAAUCGAAUAAAGUACAAAAUAGAAGUAGCUGGCAAAAGUCUUCCCUCGCUAACAAAUCUGGACAAGGGACGUUAUGGUGUUAUUGUCUUCGAAAAUCUCGACAAAUAUCUGCACAUGGAUAAAUGGAAUCGAGAACUGUUGGAUAAAUACUGCCGUGAAUAUUCGGUGGGCAUUGUGGGAUUUGUUAGUCCCAGCGAAGAGACACUGGUAGCUGCUCAACUAAAGGGAUUCCCCCUCUUUGUACAUACAAACCUUAGGCUAAGAGAUGCUAGUUUAAAUCCCGCCUCACCAGUACUGCGCCUGACGCGUGCAGGCGAAACAUCAUGGGGUGCCUUACCGGGAGAUGAUUGGACUGUAUUUCAGCACAACCAUUCCACAUACGAACCCAUCGAAUGGGCUCAGCGCAAUAGUCAAGACUAUCCAUCGGAUGCCGGUGGCCAGGUUCAUUUGCCAUUGACAACGGUGCUGCAGGAUCAUGGUCAAUACGAUGGCAUAAAGCGUAUUUUCUUCGGUAGUAAUUUGAAAUUUUGGCUCCAUCGUCUACUCUUUCUGGACGCCCUUUCCUACUUAAGCCAUGGGCAAUUGAGUCUUAAUUUGGAACGCAUGAUCCUGGUGGAUAUCGAUGACAUCUUUGUCGGUGAAAAGGGCACACGUCUGCGUCCAGAUGAUGUCCGUGCCCUGAUAGCAACGCAGAAAAUCAUAGCCGCAAUGGUUCCCGGUUUUCGUUUCAAUUUAGGCUUCUCAGGGAAAUAUUUUCACCAUGGCACCCGCGAAGAGAAUUUAGGUGAUGAUUUCCUGCUACAAAACGUACAAGAGUUUACGUGGUUCUCCCACAUGUGGAAACAUCAGCAGCCCCACCUGUACGACAACCUGACAUUGCUCAUUUCGGAAAUGCAGCUGAACCAUGCAUUUGCCGAGGAACAUAACAUACCCACAGAUUCAGGGUAUUCGAUAUCACCGCAUCACUCUGGUGUCUAUCCAGCCCAUGAAAUACUCUAUGAAGCCUGGAAGAAGGUUUGGGGUAUAAAGGUUACUUCCACGGAGGAGUAUCCCCAUCUACGACCGGCCCGUUUACGAAGAGGUUUCAUUCACCGCAAUAUCAUGGUGUUGCCCAGACAGACCUGUGGCCUUUUCACGCACACUAUGUACAUCGAUCGCUAUCCCGGCGGAAGAGAUAAACUCGACGAGUCCAUACAGGGUGGUGAACUAUUUCAAACCAUUGUUUAUAAUCCCAUCAACAUUUUUAUGACGCACAUGUCCAACUAUGGUUCCGAUCGUUUAGCUUUAUAUACCUUCCAAUCUGUUAUCAAAUUCCUACAGUGUUGGACCAAUCUGAAGUUGGCCUCCGCUCCGCCCAUCCAACUGGCCGAAAUGUACUUCCGCCUGCAUCCCGAGGAGGUGGAUCCAGUCUGGGGUAAUCCCUGCGAUGAUCCCCGCCAUCGCAAGAUAUGGUCAAAAACGAAAAACUGUGAUUCAUUGCCGAAAUUUUUGGUCAUUGGGCCUCAGAAAACUGGAACCACAGCCCUCUACACAUUCCUGUCCAUGCACUCGAGCAUAGCUAGUAAUAUUCCCAGCCCUGAUACUUACGAAGAAAUUCAAUUUUUCAAUGGCAACAACUACUACCGAGGCCUAGAUUGGUACAUGGAUUUCUUUCCGUCCUUCGAUUCGAACACCAGCACCGUAGCGCCCACAACACAUUACAUGUUCGAGAAGAGUGCGACGUACUUCGAUGGUGAAAUGGUACCGAAGCGGGCGCAUGCUUUGCUACCACAUGCCAAAAUUGUAACAAUUUUAAUAUCGCCGGCUAAGAGGGCCUAUUCGUGGUAUCAGCAUCAGAGGGCCCAUGGUGAUGCGAUAGCGAAUAAUUAUAGUUUUUAUCAGGUCAUAACGGCUUCUGAUUCAGCACCAAAAGCACUCAGGGAUUUACGUAAUCGUUGCCUUAAUCCUGGUAAAUACGCACAACACCUUGAACGUUGGCUCUCCUAUUAUCCGGCCCAGCAGCUACACAUCAUCGAUGGCGAACAACUGCGUCUCAAUCCUGUCGAUGUGAUGAACGAUUUGCAGCGUUUUUUGAAAAUCCAACCGGCUCUCGACUACUCCAAUCAUUUGCGUUACGACGUAAAGAAGGGUUUCUUCUGCCAGGUGGUCAGCGAGAAGCGUAAUAAAUGUUUGGGAAAAUCAAAGGGACGUCAAUAUCCACUCAUGGAUGAACGUAGCGCUAAAUUAUUGCAACGAUACUAUUUAAGUCACAAUACAGCACUUGUGAAACUCUUAAAGAAACUUGGAGCACGUCCUAUUCCGCAGUGGCUUAAAGAUGACCUUUCGACGGGUACGUGAUAGCAGCAGCAUCAUCACAAACAGCGUAAAUUGCGUGCAAGAUUGCGAAAGCAAUUGCAUUUGCAAUUGUUCAUCUUCGAGCCAACAUUUCACAAACAUUUGAAUUCGAAUAA